GUGUCUAGGAUGGCUGCCAUUGUUCUCAGCUGAUUUCAGAACGCAGCUGUUCCAAAUCCACUGCUUCUACAAUAUAGUUUACACUCCCAUUUACCUGUCUUCAAUGGAAAUACGUUCAAGAUGGCGUCGCUCAUUGACAGCUAUGAGCAACAAUACGCUGUUUUGACAGCUGACAUUACUGCAAAAAUUGGUAGAAUAAGUACACAAAGCGACAGUGAGAAAAGAGCCUUCGUUCAAGAUGUGGAUAGGCAAAUCGAGGAAGCUCAAGAGCUGCUGGAGCAAAUGGACUUGGAGGUUCGGGAGGUGAACAGUGCAUCUCGUGACCGAUUACGUGGUCAAGUAAAAAGUCAUAGAGCAGAACUAAAACGAUUGACUCAAGAAUUUCAAUUGGCUAAAAAGCCAAAAGAAGAUAUUAUUGAAAUAAGCAGGGAAGAUUCUUGGGAUAGCAGUAUCACGGAAGAUCAGAAGAAAAGAUUGUUAGAUAGUUCGGAACGAAUAGAACGAAGUGGGAGGACAUUACAGAAUGGUUAUCGAAUGGUACUAGAAACGGAAGAAAUUGGUUCUCAAGUGUUGAUGGAAUUACAUAACCAAAGGGAAACAAUUCAAAGGGGAAGAGGAAGGUUGCGUGAAACAGAUGCAGAGCUAGGACGAGGUUCCCGGUUACUGUCUGGAAUGAUAUUUAGAAACCUUCAGCAAAGAAUUAUCUUAGCGGGGGUUGCUUUGACGCUUAUAAUCGUUGGUUGCGUUGUCGUAUACUAUAGCUUUAAAUCUAAAAGCUAAGGUUGCAAGUAGCGUGAUUUCUUGGUCGCAAUGAGGCUCAAAAGCCGUAUUUAUUAUCAGAUUUGAGGCCAGCUUCUUUUCCCCACGCGAGCAUGUCAUCCAGGAUUAACUGUUUGAUUUGCGGAUUGUUGCAUAAUACGCUUAACGUACCCGCAAUAUUGUUCUCCACUGCCCAACAUUUAACAACGUCUACUUCCGGCACUACUAUGCCUACCACGCAAGAUUUGAGGGACUCCCCGUGGACGAAUACUUGGUGUACAUACUGGCUGCGCAUAUAAAUAUUUUCAAUCUUCUCUGGAACUAUGUAUUCCCCUUGCGAUAACUUGAAGAUGUGCUUCUUUCUAUCGAUUAUCUUGAGCGUUCCGUUCUGCAAGAAGAAAACUCGUGUAAACGAUUAACGAUUAAAACGAAUUGUUAUAUGAAAUACAUAAAAUGUUGGAGUAGAAAUAAAAACUGAAGACAGAGUAUGGAAAUGGUAACCACAUGCCGAUGUCCCCUGUAUGAUGCCAUCCAAAUUCAUCGAUAGCUUCAGCGGUUUUUACAGGAUCCUUGAAAUAUCCCAUGAAUACGUUAGUACCUUUCACACACACUUCACCUUGGCUCUUUCUUGCGUAGUAUUCCAUUUCCGGGACAUCCACCAAUUUAAUGCAGCAACAAGCAACCGGUGGUCCUACGUGUUCCGGUACAUGGUCACCCUGUGAUAGUUGCAAAACCAUAAAUAAGAUUUCAUGAUAUUAAUUAGUAAAAUUCAAUCAAAUUCAAUUAUCCAUUUAAAGAUGGCAGAUCUUCGAUAGCUUUAAAUGGCUGAUUAACUAUGGGCAUGAGAGGUUGAAAAUUAAUUGCACAUGUUAUCAUAACGUUCAAAAACAUUUGUUACAUAAAUGGAAUGUCCCUUUUGGGAAUAGAAUGUUCUCUAGUUAGUAUAACAAUGAAUGUGAAUAAUGUAAGUGUAUUUGUUUGAUUAAAUAAUAGUAGAAGCCUAGUUGAAUUCAAGAAAUGUGUUAGUCGCAAGUAUAACUUUUAGGGAAAGGAAAUUACAUCAGGGAGAUUAAAUAGUCUUUUUAAUAUAUAUUUGCAAUUCAAGUUUUAAUCACGUGCUCUGUUAUAUUUAUUUUGGUAAUUAAUAUCUAAAAUACUUUUAAAUAUUCUUGUGUUCUUAUAAUUUUAUUUUUGUAUUAAAUAAUUCUCGUGGGUUCAUGCAAGCAUUUAAAUAUUCGUCACCAUUAGAUUUCCUCAUAGACUGUUUCUUAUUGAGUUAAAUACUUUAAACUAGUAUUAUAUUGUCUGAUAAUUUUAAUCUACACUUGAUUUUUUCAUGGACUGUUUUGUGUUGAAUUAAGUACUACACUUUAAAUUAGUGACUUUAUUAUCUAAUAAUUUUAAUCUACAUUUGGGUGCAUUCUAUUUUUUAAUGUAAAUAAAAAGAAAAUACGUUGUUGAAAAUAACGCGUGAUUCAAUUUCGUUUGAAUACUUUAAACCCUUAAACGUGUAAUAAUGUUGAAAAAAUGCCAAACACAAAUGGACAAGAAGGUUUGAAGUAUAAAAAUCGUAGUAAGACUAUAGAUUUUAUAUAUUUAUAGUACACACUAUAUACGCUUGACUUAUAUUCGAUUUACUAAAAAAUCGAAUAAUCGAAUGAAACUUGAGAAAAUCUGUAAUAAACAAUAGUCGGUUUAAUUUCAGUUCCUACAUUUAUAAAUUUAGUUUACACAAAUCAAUGUACACGCAAAUAUUUACACUGUAUUUAUAAAGAAAAUAUCUACAACAACAAAAUUGCUACUAUAAAGCUACCAUGUACGGUUUUCAAUGAUAUUAAAAAUUAUGCAAAUAAUCAAAUAAUUCUAAUAAUUCUAUGCGUCAAAGCAUUGUACCGGAAAGCAUCGCUUGUGAAAGCAUAUGUUAAAUAAAUGUUUGUUUAAAAUGUUUAUGAAUGCAAUCCAUUCCAAAAUCAAUAUUUACAAACUUUAUUUCCGAUCUCUCAUUCACUGUAAUUCUUUAAUAAGAUAUUCAAAGAUAAAAAAUCAUUCAAUGAGUUCUCUGAAUGUCGUUAUCGUGAAUUCCUUCUACAAAUAACAAGAUGCGAAAACAUCAUUUGAUUAUUUAAUGCAAAACAGCAAUGCUCAUACACGCAUACACUACCAGCCAAACGUUUGGAACCACUUGCUGGCUUUUGAUAAAAUUAUACCGCGUGACAAAGUUUCUCUUGACACACAGCUAAUAUUUUUAGAAACAGCUACCGAAAUUUUUAGAUCUCACCUUCUAUAAAUUAAUGCAAUUAUUUGUAAUUACUCAAAUUUAUUCAUUUAACAAGCGCAUCUAUUUCCAUGAAUUCACAGUGUAAUUCUAAAUUUUCGGCUAUAAGUGUACGUAACGUGCAGCAAACAUGUUUAAAAUUUAAUUUUACAAUUCUACUUUUCGUAUCUAUAAUUCCCUAUAAAAUGUAUUCCAUUUUUAAGAUAGUUGAAUUCGUUUGUAAACAAUUGUAACUAUUCAUGAAUAUAAAAAAAACAUUUAAUGAUCAAUUUUUAUUCGGUAAUUUUGAAUUUUCUAUGAUUGUAAAUUUGCUUUUACGAUCAAGUUAAUUCAUUUAACUAUCAUAGCAAACUUUCGAAACGUUUAUUAACAGUUCAGUUGUUCUAACUUGUGGUACUGUGUUGCAAAACGUGGAACGUUUCUAAACAGUCUCAGUCGCCUGACCAGAACACACAUGUAUUGUUACGAUCAUUGGCGACCGUGCGCGAACGAUGCAACGUUUAACUGCAGUUGCAUGCACGAUUUACGUAUUAUAGUCGUACGGCUGAUCGCACAAUUGACGUGGCCAGCCACGUGCUUUUGGCGCGUGGUUGUAGAAUUUUUCUGUUCGGCCAGCAGACACAAAUAUCUACGACUAUUACCUAUAAAUAUUAGCUUUUGUCGUCUAGGCACAUCGAUAUCUGCAGAUACACGACAGAAAUAGUGACCAUGUGUGUCACUUGAUCAUUAGUCAGUCCUCGAUUGAAACAAUCUCGUGAAUGAUUUCAAUAAAGUAAAUCGAAUGCCGUUUAUUUCUUUUAUAUACAUUUGCCACAUCGUUGAAAAUUGUAGAAGACAAUAAUACAUUUAACUUUUGCAAUCUUGUUUUCAGUGUUUUUCGAGCCAAGUUUUUCGAGUGUUAAUGCUACAAUAGUUAUAGAUCUAAGAUCGUAAGUGAAAACAAUUUGUAAUACGAAAUAAUUGAACUUAAUAACGAGAUCGAACUCAUUAAUCGGGGCGAUUUGGUUAUUAAACCGUCUGGGUUAGAUGUUUUUUAUUUGACAAACACUGUGUAUGCAUUGUCAUUUAUUUUUGGAGCGUUUAUUGACCGCCCUCUUUAUUAAAAUACAAAUAAAUAGGUACCUACAUGUACAGAGCGUUACUGACAUGAUCCCAGCCGGCCACUGGUUUAAAAGUUAAGAGGGGCAAGGGGACUCGGCCGCACGCUCCACCUUAGCUUGUGACUUGGCCACUAACAAAGACAUGCCGAAACUAAUUCGACCAUUACUAUUGGGCCGAGCGUCGCUAGUGGACGUCUCCCCUUGCCCCUCUUCUCUUUUAACCCUUUGCACUCGGAAGUUUUUCAAUAGAAAUAUUUUAACAUUUUCUAAUGAGAUAAAGACGAUAUUUUGUGAAACUAACUUGACGAGAAAUACACAUACAAAUACACAUACAUUGAGGAACAAAGCUGUUUUAUUUUCAUAUUUCUCAAAUUGCUGCAUUAUACGGAGUAUAAUAUUAAAUAUUAAAUUGUAUAAUUUUACUGUAUGAAAUCAAGUGGCGAAUGAGAGUCACCUCUCGAGUGCAAAGGGCUAAGCCACAGGCCGGCUGGGAUCACGUCAGUAAUGCACUGUAGCUAUAUAUUUUAAUAUUAGAAUUAUUGAGUAUUUAUUGGGGUUAAUAUAAAUAUAAUCCUUAAAGAUUGUAACAAUACAUUUUUAAACAUUUUUUCUGAUAUUAUUUAUAACAUUUUAGUGAAACUAUUUAUUUUC